AUGGCAGACAGCAAGGCACAAGAAGCGGCUCGAGAGGAGCAAGAUGAGCAAUGGGUCGAGGUAGCUCCCCCGGCAUAUGAGGCGUCGGCCAAUGGUGCGGACGAGGAGGGGGACCUCUAUUAUGCCACACCGCAACAUACUGGCCUGAACGAGAAGACAGCAUCACUUCCCCAGGAGCCAAGCAGACCCGAAACAGAUUCCACCAACCUUGCGACUGUCUCGAAGGACGAUGUGAAAGCGCGCCAGCAAGAAGAAGCUGCCGUGUGGUACAAGCAAGCUCCACUCCUAUCAGAAGCGCCGCCACUGCCGGUCAAAGAACCCAUUCACGUCCCAUCGGAGCAUUCUAUGGCCUUGGAGCACUUAAAACAUAUGCCAGCGCUCCCAGUCCGACCGAAAUUCGACGACGAGAUGCUUGCUCUGCAACUGCAACAAGAGAAGCAGGAAAGGGCUGCAGUACUGCCUCCCCCGCCGCAUACUUACAAGAUUACGGACAGCAUCGAUAGUUUCUCUUACACCUUCUCAUGGCGCAGGCCCCUCACGGACCACCCAACGCUCUCAAUCACAGCCAACGACACAUCCACGAACGCAUCGCAUUGGCGCCUGAACUACCAAUCCAAAUACUCCAGCCGCUUACAUCGCUACCAAGCAGACCAAGCCCGAGUUGAUGGCGAUUUCCCAGCACGCCAGAUCGCUGAGAUUAAGUUCCCAGAGUUCAUCCUACCAGGCUGUGGUCCCACGAUCACGUUUGAAGCUCAUGAAGACGCGAUCGACCGGAAAGGGUCAGCCCACGCUAUGCGGGAGGACAAGUUCAUGAAAUGCUCGGGCUGGUUCACGACACAAUACGCUCUUGAGGUCCCCUCCUUCGGUGGAGCGCGCUGUACAUGGCGCCCAGCACAAAGUGCCACGGACCCAUCGCAACCAAGCCCGGCCAGCACCUCUCAACCACAACGCAUCACGACCGGCGACCUCAUGGCUCAAGCAAAACGCUACAUGAACGACGACACCUGGACACCAUACCCGAAUCAGCAGCUCAUCAUAUCACAAACCAACCACAUCGUCGCGACAUACACCCGCGCAGCGCCAUGGGCGAAAGAUGCCGGCAUCCUGCACAUCGUCCGUCCCCACGAUAUCCAGUAUCUCGAUGAAUACAUCGAAGGCAUCAUCAUCGCCACAGUCGCGAUGGUGGGGAUGCAAGAUAGGCUGGGACUGGCGAGUUCGUUGAUGCAGGCUAGUACGGAGGGUGUGUUGGCGAGUAGAAGGGUACAACAGAAGACGACGCAAUCAACCCCCCGAAGUGCAAGUGGUGUCGUCCUUGCAGAAGAGCCUAACGUGCAGUCUCACUACACAACGUCCCAACCGGCUACGACAGAGUAUGUCGACGUCGCGGAGGGAGCCGUGGGGGAGUACAAAGAGAGCAAGAUCCAGCGAUCACUAAGGCGGCUGUCUGAUCGUCUGGCGGCGAAGAGUGAGGCGUUGUUGUUGCCGCAGAUGAGGAUGAGGGAGGGGACGUCCGUCGUGGCUGAUGAGAAAGUCUGA